UGCGAGCAUUGCAAUUGGUGGAAGACACAGCAACCAGGCUGGGAAAGUAAAAUCAAAAUAGCGACCAAGCAGGAGAGACAGAAAGAGCUCCCACCAAGAAAAUGCAACGCUCUAAAUCGCACAUUUUUGAGGGGGACAUAAAGCGGUUUGAGGCAGAGAGACGCCAGUCCAAGCGUGCAGAAGUAAGACUCCAGAAUGGACUACAUGAUUUGGAGGAGGCAAGAUUUUAUUGCAUUGACAGAAUGAUCAAAGAACAGAGACGGAUCCAGAGAGACCUGAUAAGAAUAAAUAAUGGUUAUUCCAAGAAGGUGGCAGUGGAUAAUUUCAGACUACUGUAUCCAGAUAAUAGCACUUCAGCCAGAGGAAAGUCUGGCUCCAGCAAAAUCAUUUUACCUACCAUCCCAGGUGUAAAGGAUCACGCUGUCAUACUGGAGUCAGGAAGAAGCAGGACACAGAGCUGCUACUUUACAAAGGCGGGCAAGAUUGGGAUGCCCUCUAGUGCCUCUCUCGCUCUACAGAUACAGAUCAAUGAUUUCCUCAAUGGGUUCAGUACCAAGCAGGGAAAAUCCAAUGGGCACACAGAAGCAGAGGAGACCAAGCCUUCCACGCCAUCCAGCAAGCUCAAAACCCCCUCAAUCAACAGCAUCAACAUGUCAGGCCUGAAACACUGCAUUGCCAAACACGUGAGUAUCCCUGAGAAACCAACAGGCCUGGAUGUGGCCAAUGGAAGAGAAAGCCAAGCAGCAGAUGGCCAAAUGGAGCAGGAUGCGAGCGAUGCCGAGGCAAAUAGCAAUGUCUCCAGUGAUCAGGCCCAAAGGCAAAUCAAAUCCAGGGAGUCCACAAGCAGCCCGCAGCUCUCAGCGUGCCAAGAAAGCACUCCAUAUGAUUCCGAGUUUUACGCUCCAGACGGACUGCCCAGAACCAUGCAUACCAUGCCCAGUUUUCUUGAGGCCUUUGCGGAAGCGAAGAAAGCGAGGUACAUCCGGCACCGAACCAAAACCGAUGAUGAGAAGGAACUGACGAUCAGUGAAAUUUUUGGAAAGAGAAGGGAACGUGUCCAAGAUAUCGUUGUAAAAGAGGUGGAAACCAGCAAUGAAAAAUACUUCACAGGAAAAAAUACAGUUUAAAGGAAUACUCCGGGAUCUAUUCGAACAAAUAAAAAUAACACAUCUGUCCCAAAUAUGCUUGGGUUGCAAUCUCAGUGGUUGAGCUGAGACAGUGCCUGAUGGUGCCUCCAGCACUGACUCCACUGCAGUUUGCAAGGUGAAUGGGAGGGCAGAUUGUUAGCUUGGGACUGGCAGGUGCAAGUGUGACCAGACACCUCUGCCUGUCCCAGCCUUGUUCUGUCCAAAUGAAGAGUGGCGAGUGCUUGUCCCCCUUGACCCAAGCACUAGUCCAAUCAACCCCAAGCAAAGGGACCAAUGUGUGUAUCGUAGAAAGAAAAAAUGCCCAGUUCAGACUCCAUAUGUUUCUUUGCAGAGGCCUGUAUAGCUCACCACUGAGCAUGCUGGCCACUGCUGCAACAUUGCUACUAAGCCCUGGCUUCAAAAUUCCUGCUUCAUUGCCCUUGAUUCUCUCACUUAAUAAAAAUCUAUCGCUCUCAGUCUUGAAAGUUCCAACAGGCGCCGUAUCUCAGCCUUCUGGGGGAGAGAAUUCCAGAUUCCUGCCACCUUUGAAGAAAAUAGCAGAGUUCUGCGCACAGAUUGGAUAAAUACACUGCAGUCUUUUGUUGUCAACCUGAGUACGUAGUUGGCAGCAACUUCUGUCUGCCAGCUUGUGUCGCACUCACACAGGUGAGAUCACUAGCUGCAAUGUAGAUUCAGCUUACAUUCUGCCCAGCCAACCGGGCAAGCAGCUCAUUUCUUUGAUGAAAAGGGAAACCACAAGGACAGCUGGAGGGACAGCACAUGAAGAUUGGCCCACAUUUUGCUGCCAAAGUAACAAGUUUAAUGUGUAUUUCAUUAUUAAUGUAUAAAUCAUUCAUCAACUUGUGGUGGGGAAGAGAUAACCCAUGGAUUACGGAUCUCUGGAUAAUCGGUGCUGCCCAACCAUUCACCUUGCACAAAUGACAUCUUGCCCCAAACGUUCCCAUGAAUUGAAAUUCAUGAAAUUGUUGUAUUUGUAUAUUAAUUGACCAUUAAACCUGUGAUAGAAAGUGAGGGCUGGAAAUUAACAACAGAACUACUUUUUAAUGAGAUUUAUGUUCAUGCAAUGCUGUGCAACCUUCCUAGCCCGGAAAAGGAACAAUUUAAACAGUGGAGUCUCAUUCCUACAGGUAAUAAAUUGUCCUUGGAGAUUAAUUAUUUUUCUAUUUUUCCUUUCUCGUCUCUAUUUUUUCUUGGUCUUUUGAUGUAAGCCAAUUAACAACAUGCUGCCAUUAGUCCAAAAAUACAUUCUGAUUACCACACAAUUGACUUUCAAUGCCAGUGCAAUGCCAGAUACAUAGGCAAUUGGCUGAUCAAAUCAAACAGCAUGUUCUUUCAGUUAUCCAUAAUGGGAGAAUACGGACCCAUACUCAACCAGCCCAGGCUUGCAAACCCAAAUCGAACGCCUACUGUUAAAUGUGAUUUCACGAUUGGGUGAUACUGAGUGCGCUGACAACCAAUUUAAGAGAAUCAGUUAAGCUCGUAAUGUGGCUCAUUUAUGCUUGCUAGAAGCGACAUUGAUUCAUAGGCAGGGUUUGAAGCCAUUCCUCGCCCAAUCCAGCCUCCAGAAAAAUGGCCAUGAGUCAGGGCCAGAAUGGAGAGCCAGCAUCCAGGAAAUUCCUUGCCUGCCUGCUUCUGUUCCUUCCCCAAAACUGUAUUAUGGAGAAGACAUACUGACAGUGUAACAACCAGAGUAAACUAAAACCAAAGGGGCCACAGAGAUACAGCAAGCCUCUCACCUUCAUCUGUUUAAAAUAUAUGAGUGAUGCUUAUUAACUAGCAGACUUGCAAUUAAUGUUGAUAAAUGUUCAAUCUUUAUUCUUGCUUUUAGCAUCAAUGUUAAUGAAAAUACUUAUAAAAAGUUUAGAUGUGCCAAAUGCUUUUUAAUAGCUUUAGUUGAAUAUUUAAAUCUUUGUUGCAAAAUUUAAUCAUACCAAUUGGUUCUCCAAAGCAAAAUAGGAGUCUACAGCAUGAAGUAUAUGAAACAGCUGCUUAAGAUUAAGAGAAGUGUAAAUUUCUGGUCUAUAGCACCAAGUCAAAUGUAUGUAUAAACCUGUGGCAGAACAAAUUAUAUCUAGUAUCUAUAUUGAUUUAUAGAUGGAUUCUGCAAAUAAAAUGUAGCCCACUAUGAUACCUUUAUACUGAUUAUAAGACUUCUUAAAAUUCACUUUAAAAAUGAGUAUCACAAUCCAUCAGCAUAUAAAUGCAUAAUCUCUCCAAUCAUCUUUCAUUGCCUGAUUUUACCCUUUAAUAUGUUGCUACGUCAUUGUAUGUGUGAACUCUUUUCACAGAUUUUUACUGGGAUUUAUACACAUUUCCUGAUUUAUAUGAAUGAAAACUGAAAUGUAAUAUUUCUGUUCUCUCAUUUAGAAUCAUAGAAUUGUUACAGGAGGCCAUUCAGUUCAUCAGGUUGAUGCUGGGUCUUUUGUGCCAUUGUGAUAACUUGUGAAGUCACUAAAUGUAUGGAAUAAGGUGGGAAAUGUAAAAGAGAAAAGCAGAAUUCUACUUUUUAAAUGUCUGUAUUAAUUAUAAAACAAGUAAUGAUGUGACCUUUCUUGUCAGUGCAAAAUAAGAACAUACUUAAUAAAAUUGUGUGUGUAAUUGU